AUGAUUAUUUACUCUCUCAAUAUUAGAGGUGGUGGUAAGAGAGUGAAGAGGAGGAGAAUUGGUUUCAACAUCCAAAAGGGAAGGGCGGACAUAGCUUUUAUUCAAGAAACUAAACUGAAUGCUUUUCACCAUAAGUAUGCCGAGGAGUUGUGGGGUAACGAUUUGGUGGAAUGGUCCCAUAUGGAGGCGGUAGGGGCAUCGGGGGGAAUUCUAACAAUGUGGAAGAAAGAUUUUUUCAGCUUGCUUUAUAGCUUUCGGGGCGAAGGAUUCUUAGGAGUGUGCGUGGAAAAAGAUAAUACUAGAAUUUACUUUGUUAAUAUUUAUGCCUCUUGUGACCACAACAUUAGAAUGGCUUCUUGGAAGAAGUUAGUGGAUCUCAAAAGAAAGAGUGUAGCCGGGAUGUGGUGUUUAGGAGGUGAUUUCAAUAUAGUCUCGUCUUUGGAAGAGAGAGUUGGGAUUUCUAAUAAGAACUACAAGAGGGAGAUAGAAGGUUUCAAUGAGUUCAUUGUUGACAUGGACUUGGUGGAUCCCCCUACCAUAGGAGGAAAGUUCACUUGGUCCAACAAAAGCGAUAGUGCGUUGAGUAGAUUGGAUAGAUUUCUAUUAUCCAACUCUUUUGUUGAUGUUUGGAAGGUAGAAGGUCAAUCUAUAGGUGAAAGAGAUGUCUCAGAUCAUGCUCCCAUUUGGAUCAAAGACAACAAGAGAGAUUGGGGACCUAAACCUUUUAGAUUCAACAAUCUUUGGUUUUCUCAUGAAGAAUUCUUUAAUUUUGUGGAGGUGGAAUGGAAAAAGUUAGAGGUGAAGGGAAGAGGGGACUAUUGCUUGGUGGAGAAGUUGAGAGCUAUUAAAAACAAAAUUCGGAUAUGGAAUAAAGAGAUUUUCGGAUGGAUUGAUCUCAACAUAGAAGAAGCGGGGAAAGAAAUGCACUUUUUAGAUAACAAGUUUGCUCAUUUUGCAGGUAAUGUUCCGGAGGCGAUUGUUCUUCAAAGAUCGAAGGCGGCUAUUGAUUUUUGGAACAACCUUUACAAAAAGGAAGGUUAUCUCCGUCUCAAGUCGAGGCAAUUGUGGUUAUCUGAUGGUGAUAGUAACACGCAUUUUUUCCAUAAUUCCCUUAAAGCUAGAAGAAGGAGGAAUGCUUUAUGUUCUCUUUCCUCUAAUAGAGGAGUGUUGGAGAACGUGGUGGAGAUUAAAGACUAUGUUCAUGAUUUUUUAAGUCUUUUUUUGAUGAAGACUUUGAGAGAAGGCCGUCUUUUGGGGAUUUGGGUUUGA